UCAAAAGUUACAAAACGUAACCUUACACAUUUUAUGUAUUUGUUGUCUACUUUUUAAGAAUAAUGUCGAAAUGGGGCGCAUCUGAAACUGGAAUAUUGCGAAAGAAAGUGGUCGUAGAAAAUCACGAUACCCUCCUCGUUUUCGGUUAUGCUUGCAAACUUUUCCGGGACGAUGACAAAGCCAAAUACAUCGACCAAGGAAAACAUUUAAUACCGUGGAUGGGGGAUGAUUCCCUUAAAAUCGACAGAUACGACGGCCGUGGAGCUUUAUCUGAUUUAAAACCGUUCGAAGCAAGCCGAGAAGGUUACGAUGCGACCAGAUGGUUAGGUUUAAGCGAAUCCGAUCGAAAAAUUGAGCAAUUAUGCGACGAGGAACGAUAUUAUUCGUUAAGAACCAACGAAGAGGAAGAAGAAAUGUAUAAAGAGGAGGAGUUAAAACGCGUAAAAAGUAACGAGUUUGCUUUUAAUUACGAUGUUCCAAAAAAUCCGCAAGAAUCAUCGGAAGCACCCACCGUUGAAGAAGAAGAUAAAGAUUACGUUCCAAGACCAGAGUUAGAUGUUCCCGUUGAUAUCGCAAUUCCAAAAAAAGAAAAGGAGAAUGCAAGAAUCGAAAAGACCGCCCACUUUGUGAGUAAACAAGGGCCGCAAAUGGAGAUUUUAAUCAAAACGAAACAAGCUGGGAAUAAACAAUUUUCGUUUUUAAAUCAAGACGAUCCGUUGUAUAAAUAUUAUAAGCAUGUUUUGAAUGCUGUUAAGCUUGGGAGUUAUAUCGUUGAAACCGUGAAAGACGAAAAUUCAAAGACGGAAGGAAGUGAUCGCGAGCAUUCAGACGAACAUUAUUUGCAUCCAAGUUUAUUACAAAAUCCGGUGCAACAACUAGGUGCGGCGUCCUUUCCGCUUCCCCCUUCGGCCCCAUCGACUCCCGUUUAUAAACCGACGGCGGAUUGCGCUUAUUCGCAAUUGGUUAAUCGUAUCCAAGGCUUCUCUGGCGUGCAAAAUCCGACUCAAUUGGAUGUGGGAGGUGGUAAACCAGCGCUUCCGGAACAACCAACACCGUCUGCGGCUUCAACAACUUAUGAACAACAACAGCAAUAUUACCAAUAUUAUUAUUCUGUUCAAUAUUAUGAAUAUUACAAACAAUUGGUGCAACAAUAUCAUGAAAUUGGAGGUACUGAUGGGCAAACGAUUCCUCCAUCUGCUUUAGAGCAAAUAACGAACCAAGCCGCCGCUUUCGCUCAAAUAGCCAUAUCGCAAUAUGUCCAACAACACCAACACCAACAAUCAAAUUCGAAUAAUCCCUAUGCGCAACUCGUUUCGAAUUUAUCCCACGUAAAAUCCCCCGUUACAACGCCGAGCAAUGAGAUCAUUUCUGUUCCUAAACUUGAAUUUGAAAAGCAACCCCAACCGGAAGUGAUGAAAACCACUGAAAACCAAUCUGUCGUAGAAAAAACGGAGAUUUCGGAAACUAAAAAAAAUAUUUUGGGUUUGGUACAUUAUGGUAGUGAAACGGAUGAAGAAAAUAAUGAAGAUGAUGAAAACGAUGAAAUAGAAGUAACACCGCCGGAUGAGAUUCGAUUGGUAAUCGAAAAGAUGGCGAGUUAUGUCGCGAAAAAUGGAAACGAUUUUGAGAGUAUUGUUAAGAGUAAAGGGGAUGCAAGAUUUAAUUUUUUGUUAGAUGAUCACGUUUAUCAUCGAUAUUAUAAAUCGCAGGUGGUUCAGUUUGGGAAAAAACCAUCAACACCACCGGAAGAGAAUAAUUUAAUGACAACUAAAGAUAAGCCGAAAGAUAAAAAAAUUAUCGCUCCAGUAAGUUUUUCUAUAAAAAAACCCAAAGAAGAAAUUGCAAAAGAUAUCAAAAGCGCCCUCCCUUUAGAGGAAAGCGAUGAGGAUCAACCAAUUACGGCAACCUCUACAAACCUUCCUCAAAACUUCCUCAUCUCCCAGAACAUCUUGGAAUCACCACAAUCUAACCUCACUCCAACAUCUUCAUCUUCUUGCACCGAUUUUCCGCAAACCCCCUUACCACAAAUUCAAUCGGAACAAAUUUAUCUUCAAAAACCCUCCGAUUCAGACCCAAUUCUCGAAAUGAUUGAUUUAACCGAAGAAUUGGAGGAACGCAAAGACGCUCGCCGCGCGGAAGAUCGAAUUAAAGAUAAAUUGGCGGCUGCUGCACGAGAAAAGAUGGUGUUGGCCGCUAAAGAUCGUGCUCUGCAAUUGGAGAGAAGAAAAAAAGCGGCUGCGUUUUUGCGAUUGAAAGCGGUUAACAGCGGAGGACAAGAUGAUUUGUCGGGGAAAAAAGGAAAUGAUGAAAAGGUGUUGGUGGUUCUUAGUGAUACAGAAACGAGAGUGACUUCUGAAGUGGUUAAAGAGAAAAAGGGGCGGACUCAAAGGAGGAGUGAUGUAAAAACGGAUUCCGAUGAUGAAAUCGAUGUUCGAAAAGCGAGGAAAAGUAAGAAAAAAAGGAGUUAUCAUCAUAAAAGGAAACGUUCGAGAAGCCGCAAAAGAUCUAAUUCCAGUCACAAAAAGACUAAAAAGAAACGGAAACGCAGCGAAUCAAGGUCGUCCACUUCUUCCAAAGAUUAAGAAUCUUCCUUUAUUAUUUUAAUGUACAUAUAAUACAGAUUUUAAUCUUAAAAAAAGGUUUCGACAUUUGUAAUAAAAUUCUAUACGUUUUUUU